AUCCGCGCUGGAAACAGGGCAAGGAAAACCUGCGAGCGAUGCUGCGCUCCAGCCGCGCUGCCGCGAGGGCGACGCGUGUGCGCGCAGCGGGGCUCGAAUAAGGGAUCCGACCCACCCCGAACCUCUCCUCCCUCCCCCCCAUCCGGGGGAGGGGACCGGGGAGGGGGUGCCCCGGCAGCGGGGCCGGCUCUGCGCGGGCGCGGCCGGUGCUGGGCUCGGGGGGCACCUCCCGCCCGCCCCCCGCCCCGCUCCGCUCCCCGCCCGCCGCCGCCACUCCGGCGGCUCCGCCGAGCAGCGCCCGCGGCUCCGGGGCCGCCGCGCUCGGCCACCAAUGCGGGGGACACCGGCGGGCAGGAGGCAGCGGCUCCGCGGCAGGUGAACUCUGGGGAAAGGAUGACCGGCGUGGCCGCGAUCGUCUUUCUCCUGCAGCUCUUCUCGCCCAGGGCGGAGGGACAGGUCUUCCCAGGUGGUUGUUCGUUUGAUGAGCAUUACAGUAACUGUGGUUAUAGCGUCGCCUUGGGAACCAAUGGAUUUACCUGGGAGCAGAUCAAUACCUGGGAAAAGCCAACAAUGGAUCCUGCUGUCCCAACUGGCUCCUUCAUGAUGGUGAACAGCUCUGGGCGAGCAUCAGGGCAGAAAGCCCACCUGCUGCUGCCCACCCUGAAGGAGAACGACACCCACUGCAUCGACUUCCACUAUUACCUGUCCAGCAGAGACCGUUCCAGCCCCGGCUCCCUCAACGUCUACGUGAAGGUGAACGGGGGCCCCCAGGGCAAUCCCAUCUGGAAUGUCUCGGGAGUCGUGACAGAGGGAUGGGUGAAGGCAGAGCUGGCCAUCAGCACCUUCUGGCCACAUUUUUAUCAGGUGAUCUUUGAGUCGGUGUCUUUGAAGGGACACCCCGGGUACAUCGCAGUGGAUGAAGUCAGAGUUCUCGCCCAUCCAUGCAGAAAAGCCCCUCAUUUCCUGCGGCUCCAGAACGUGGAGGUGAACGUGGGACAGAACGCGACGUUCCAGUGCAUUGCUGGGGGGAAAUGGUCCCAGCACGACAAGCUCUGGCUCCAGCAGUGGAAUGGAAGGGACACAGCCCUGAUGGUCACUCGAGUGGUCAACCACCGGCGUUUCUCGGCCACCGUGAGCGUGGCCGACACGUCCCAGCGCAGCAUCAGCAAGUACCGCUGUGUCAUCCGCUCCGACGGCGGCUCCGGGGUGUCCAACUAUGCAGAGCUGAUUGUGAAAGAGCCCCCCACUCCCAUCGCCCCUCCGGAGCUCCUGGCCGUGGGAGCCACGUACCUGUGGAUCAAACCCAACGCCAACUCCAUCAUCGGGGACGGGCCCAUCAUCCUCAAGGAGGUGGAGUAUCGGACAACCACGGGCAACUGGGCAGAGACUCACAUCGUGGACUCCCCCAACUACAAACUGUGGCACUUGGACCCCGAUGUGGAGUACGAGAUCCGGGUGCUGCUCACGCGCCCCGGGGAAGGAGGAACAGGCCCCCCCGGGCCCCCCCUCACCACCAGGACCAAGUGUGCAGAUCCCGUGCACGGCCCCCAGAACGUGGAGGUGGUGGACAUUCGUUCGCGGCAGCUGACGCUGCAGUGGGAGCCCUUCGGCUACGCCGUGACCCGCUGCCACAGCUACAACCUCACCGUGCAGUACCAGUACGUGUUCAACCAGCAGAAGUUCGAGGCGGAGGAGCUCAUCCAGACCUCCUCCCACUACACCCUGCGGGGUCUGCGGCCCUUCAUGACCAUCAGGCUGAGGCUGGCCCUGUCCAACCCCGAGGGCAAGAUGGAGAGCGAGGAGCUGGUGGUGCAGACCGAGGAGGAUGUUCCUGGACCUGUUCCCUUGGAAUCCAUCCAGGGAGGACCUUUUGAAGAGAAGAUCUAUGUGCAGUGGAAGCCUCCAAAUGAGACAAAUGGCAUCAUUACACUCUAUGAGAUUACAUACAAGGCCGUUGGGUCCCUGGAUCCCAGUGCUGACCUGUCCAGCCAAAGGGGGAAAGUCUUCAAGCUGAGGAAUGAGACCCACCACCUGUUUGUAGGAUUAUACCCAGGGACCACAUAUUCCUUCACCAUCAAAGCCAGCACAGUCAAGGGCUUUGGGCCACCCAUCACCACUCGGAUUGCAACUAAAAUUUCAGCGCCGUCGAUGCCGGAGUACGACACGGACUCGCCCCUGAACGAGACCGACACCACCAUCACCGUGAUGCUGAAGCCUGCCCAGUCCCGGGGAGCACCUGUCAGUGUUUAUCAACUUGUUGUCAAGGAGGAGAAGCUGCAGAAGGCGCGGAGAGCUGCAGACAUCAUUGAGUGCUUCUCUGUCCCAGUGAGCUACAAGAAUGCCUCCAGCCUGGACUCCCCACACUACUUUGCAGCUGAGCUGAAGCCCAUCAACCUUCCUGUCACACAGCCCUUCACCGUGGGCGACAACAAGACCUACAAUGGCUACUGGAACGCUCCACUUUCUCCCCUGAAAAGCUACAGCAUAUACUUCCAGGCACUCAGCAAGGCCAAUGGAGAAACAAAAAUCAACUGUGUCCGUCUGGCAACAAAAGCAGUAAUAGGUAGACAAGAGGUGACCACGCGAAACCCGCCCAGCCUCUUGAGCACAGGAGCUUCCACCCAGAAUUCCAAUGCAGUGGAACCAGAAAAACAAGUUGACAGCACAGUAAAAAUGGCUGGAGUUAUAGCUGGUCUCCUGAUGUUUGUGAUUAUCCUCUUGGGAGCAAUGCUUACCAUCAAGAGAAGGAUAUUUUGUUCAUCUGAUUGGCCGUCGAUAUUUAGAAGAAAUGCCUAUUCCUACUCCUAUUACUUGCAUUCAAGCCAAUGUUUUAGGGGCCUCUCUGUCUUCUACAGGACCAGGAAGCUGGCCAAGAAGCAGAAGGAGACUCAGACCAGCACGCAGAGGGAGAUGGGUCCCGUGGCUACUUCUGACAAGACCUCCACCAAACUCAGUGCUGUGCACAAUGAAGAAGCUUUUUCUUCCAGCUGCCAAGAUGUUAAUGGAUUCACAUCACCCUCUCCUUGUUCAUUUUCUGUCCAAAGCAAAACCCUUCAGAGCAAAUCUAUGUUGAAUUCCUACUACUCAGUAUCAUCAGACACUGUCCCAUCGACCACGCUGUUAGACAGCAGCCAUGGAGAGAUGCCCCAGCCCACGCUGACCAUCCAGACCCACCCGUACCGCAGCUGCGAGCCUGUGGAGAUGUCCUACCCCCGGGGGCAGUUCCAGCCUGCCAUCCGAGUGGCAGACCUGCUGCAGCACAUCACCCAGAUGAAGAGGGGACAGGGCUAUGGCUUUAAAGAGGAGUAUGAGGCACUCCCCGAGGGGCAAACGGCGUCCUGGGACACGGCCAAGGAGGAUGAAAACCGCAAUAAGAACAGAUACGGGAACAUAAUCUCCUAUGAUCACUCAAGAGUGAGAUUGCAGCUGCUGGAUGGGGACCCUCACUCUGACUACAUCAAUGCCAAUUACAUCGAUGGGUACCACCGGCCUCGCCAUUACAUUGCAACUCAAGGGCCGAUGCAAGAGACAGUGAAGGAUUUCUGGAGGAUGAUUUGGCAAGAAAACUCCGCAAGCGUUGUCAUGGUCACCAACCUGGUGGAAGUGGGCAGGGUGAAGUGUGUUCGAUACUGGCCAGAUGACACAGAGGUCUAUGGAGAUAUUAAAGUCACAUUAAUUGAGACAGAACCGUUGGCAGAGUAUGUCAUACGGACAUUCACGGUCCAAAAGAAAGGCUACCAUGAGAUCCGAGAGAUUCGGCAGUUCCACUUCACCAGCUGGCCGGACCACGGCGUCCCCUGCUACGCCACGGGCCUGCUGGGCUUCGUGCGCCAGGUGAAGUUCCUCAACCCCCCCGAGGCAGGACCCAUCGUGGUGCACUGCAGUGCUGGGGCAGGGAGGACAGGCUGCUUUAUUGCCAUUGACAUCAUGCUCGACAUGGCAGAGAACGAGGGCGUGGUGGACAUCUUUAACUGCGUGCGGGAGCUGCGGUCCCAGAGGGUCAACUUGGUGCAGACAGAGGAGCAGUAUGUGUUUGUCCAUGAUGCCAUUUUGGAGGCGUGUCUCUGUGGCAACACGGCCAUUCCAGUUUGUGAGUUCAGAUCCAUCUAUUACAACAUCAGCAGACUGGAUCCACAGACCAAUUCCAGCCAGAUAAAAGAUGAGUUUCAGACCCUGAACAUCGUGACGCCGCGGGUGCGGCCGGAGGAUUGCAGCAUCGGGCUCCUGCCCCGCAACCACGACAAGAACCGCUGCAUGGACGUGCUGCCCCUGGACCGCUGCCUGCCCUUCCUCAUCUCCGUGGAUGGGGAGUCCAGCAACUACAUCAAUGCUACCCUCAUGGAUAGCCACAAGCAACCUGCUGCCUUCAUUGUAACCCAACACCCUUUGCCCAACACCAUCGCAGACUUCUGGAGGCUGGUGUUUGAUUACAACUGCUCCUCUGUGGUGAUGCUGAAUGAGAUGGAUGCAGCACAGCUCUGCAUGCAGUACUGGCCAGAGAAGACAUCCUGUUGUUAUGGCCCCAUUCAGGUGGAGUUUGUCUCAGCAGACAUUGAUGAAGACAUCAUCAACCGGAUAUUCCGGAUCUGCAACAUGGCCAGGCCCCAGGACGGCUAUCGCAUCGUGCAGCACCUGCAGUACAUCGGCUGGCCGGCCUACAGGGACACCCCUCCCUCCAAACGCUCCCUGCUCAAGGUGGUCCGGAGGCUGGAGAAGUGGCAGGAGCAGUACGAUGGCAGGGAUGGCCGGACUGUUGUCCACUGCCUGAACGGCGGGGGACGCAGCGGCACCUUCUGUGCCAUCUGCAGCGUGUGUGAGAUGAUCCAACAGCAGAAUAUCAUCGACGUGUUCCACAUAGUGAAAACACUACGGAAUAACAAAUCCAACAUGGUGGAGUCACUGGAACAGUAUAAAUUUGUAUAUGAGGUUGCACUGGAAUACUUGAGUUCCUUUUAGCCCAGAGGAGGGAGGGGACCCUCGGAUGUGCCAGACCCCAAUCUCUGGCAGGCGCUUCUCCCCUCUCCCACACUGGAAGGCAGUAACAAGUGUGGGAAGGAAAACCUCUCCUUCCUGGAGCAAGAGACUGAGGUUGCACAGACCUCGCUGGAAGGAGGAGACGAUGCCUGUGUGUGCUGCUGCCUGCUUUCUAUUGGAACAUCUACUGCUUCUUAAAUAACCUACUGUAAAAAUUAGCAAAAUGGGAGACAGGCUGAAAGACUGGACUUUCUAAUCCCCGCUGACUUCUUCUCUCCUCUUUUGGAUUGUAUUUUUGCUCUGCUUGCUGCAGAGUGGGGAAGGAAUGAAACCCUUAGGAAAUUCUCUUUUAAAUGUCUCCUUUUUAAUUUAUAAUUUUGUUCUCGAAUCCCAGUCUUUUCAUUUUUUAAUUUCAUGCAGCAGUCAUUUGGGAAAAAUGAGAUAGCCAUAGGGGAUACAUGAAAUAUUUCAUUACGGUUUGUCUACCUUAUCUCUUCCCUUUUUAUUUGUUUUUCCAAAUGAAAAGGCCAACACAGAAGAAAAACAACGCUGGAAUUCUCUUCCCACACAUAGUCCCUUUAAGCAUGAAAAUAGAUGGUGGAGAUGAGCAGCUGUUCAUGGAUUCACUGCCUCCACACAAAUGUUUCCUCCCAGUUUCUGCUCCACUCCCAGGGCUGUGCAUGAACUGGUUCCAUCUCUCUGGUCUGUGUUCCUUUGGGUGCUGGUGAAGCAAUGCCACUGAUGGGUUUCCCAGCCACUUGAACCUUAAGGUUAAAUAUUUGCAUCAAACAGAUUGCAUUUUGUCUUGCAACUUUGGUAACUUUGUUACCACAUUUUUCAAUUAUUUUGCUGGGGUGCAGUGUGUCUUUGAAAAAAAAAAAAAACAGGGUAUAAAGUAUAAAGUAGGUAUUAUUGCUCA